AUGCCGUCGAGCAUAUCUUCAAUCUCUACCUCAUCCUCGAAUUCGUCAACGGCCACAGUUUCGAGCACAGGGUCUGAUAUUGACCAUUUGGUUCCAAUCAUUCCUUAUCUCAAGCUUUCGAGAUCACAGAGGGGAAUAUUAACAACCUCAAAGAACCUUUCGGAGAACUGGAAAAUUGCAACCGAUGGCGCUAUAAUUAUAGCGCUUAGAAAAGAAAGAAUGGAACAGCAGAAGCGCGAGGAAAAGGAGCAGUGGUUGAGGACUUAUCGGAAAGGGGAUCCGAUCAAAGAGAAUGAAGGAGAGGAAGGAGAGGAAGAGGGGAAAACACUUGAGCCAGGGUGGCUAUCUAAAAUUUUAGAUAAAAAGAAUAUAUGA